GCCCUCGAAAUAAAUCGACAUUUGUGCGCCGCGUUUUCACCGAUUUCUAUCUGUCCUGUCUUCGCUUUGUGGAUUUGGAUUUUUGGCUGUUUUCCGCCCGACAAAAAAACUAUAUAAUAUAUAUAGGCUAAUCCAAAAAUAAAAACCGAACCCAAACUCUGCUAAAACGUAUACUACACACACACACAACAGGAAAAUGUCACAUAAAAGUUAUAACAGUGCUAAAAUCGCAGAAAUAUUCCGAAAUCCCUGAGAAAAAACCGCGCAAAAUAUCGUAUUCUUCGCAACGAAGAAGAACUUGUGAACUACUAAAACAAUAAAAAAGAAAAAGAAAUACAGCCAGUGCAAAAAAUAAACGGGAAGAAUUUUUUUUGGUGUCCCUUUUUUUGGUGGUUUUUUUUUUCCCCCCGUUUUUCCCCCAAUUGACGCAAAAAGUGCGCAACAACACUUGUGAGAAGGCGGAAACGGGAUAGAAAUAGAUAUAGAUAUAGCCUACUGGAACUUAACCAAAUUGGAUUACAAUUAAUUGAAUAGAAGGAUACAACAAACACAUAAAUCGCUCUUCAAAGAGACAGCCCCAAAACUCAGGAACUAAAAUAUAGAAAUAAUCCCCAAACACAGACACAAAAUGACUCUUCAGUACCCUGACUACCGCAAUGCCGUUCUGGAAAUGCCUCCGAUUGACGAAGACUUUAACUUCUCGAUCCCCUUCGAUAUGGAUAGUGAUCUGUACGAUGACAUCAGUGGCAUGCACACUAUCCAAAGUGAUUUGGAGAAGAUGGGCAAUGUUGACGGGGUCUUCUCGGACAUUUAUAUGGAUAACGAUGAGGAUAUGAAGCCGGAGAUUCGCAAUGUCGAUUGCAUGUGGUCGUCGAUGACGAAUUGCUUGAAUCACAAUGUGGCCGGAACCAGCUCUGGAACCGGAAGCAACAGUGCAGCCUCGUCGUACAGUGAGACCAGUGCCAUAUCCCUGGCCGUGGCUUGCAGCUCCACAAAUGCCUACUCCGCAUAUCAGCGAUCACAGUCCCAGACUACAGAUAAUAACACAAGUAACAGCCAAUCACAGCAACAGCAGGCAAACAAUGCGGAGGAUUCGCCGGUGGUUAUCAAGAAGGAGUUGGAGGAUCUGGACUACACAUUCAGCCAGAAGCGCCGGCGUUUGAGUGCUGGCGACAAGAAGUCGCAGAUGCAGAUCCAGGAUGAGGACCAGUUGAUACCGCCCGGCGGAAGUCUGCUGCGAAAGAGGAACCUCCUCAUUACAUCAUCGCCUAGUCCCAUGGCCAUUCGCAAGGGGUGUGUUGGUGGCGAAAUGAAGAGCAGCAAAUACCUGAGACCCGAUACACCGCACAGUCUCACUGACGAGGUGGCCGCUCCCGAAUUCAGACACAAUGUGGACCUAAGGGCCUGCGUGAUGGGCAGCAACAACAUCUCGCUGACCAGCGACGAUGGCGAUGUCAAUUGCAUCAAUCAAAUAAGCAGGGAUCUGCAGAAUGCCGGCAAGGAUCUGUGCACCGUUCGCUUCCCCUUCGCCACGAUGAACGAUGUGCUCGAUGUGCUCAGUCACCAGGUCAACGCAAGUUCAAAUCCACAGCAGACGAGCCAGGAGCAGAUGGACGAGCAGCAGCAGGCCAUCGACAUAGCCACUGGAUGCAGUACAGUGGCCUCUCCGCCGACGACCGGUUCGGACAGCGACUCCGACGAUGGUGACUCCCUCAACUAUGGACUGCGGCACCAUCGCAGCAGCAAGGGAACCACCGGCAGCAGCAGCAGCAGCAACAACGCCACCAACACCGGCAUGUCGCACAUGCUGCACAUCAGCGACCACAGCUACACACGCUGCAACGACAUGGUCGACGAUGGACCCAAUCUCGAGACCCCCUCCGAUUCCGAUGAGGAAAUCGAUGUGGUAUCGUAUACUACGGACAAGAAGCUGCCCACGAAUCCCUCGUGCCACGUAAUGGGCGCCCUGCAAACCAAGAUGGCCCACAAGAUAUCGAUCGACCACAUGAAGCAGAAGCCGCGCUACAACAACUUCAAUCUGCCGUACACGCCGGCCAGCAGCAGUCCGGUGAAAUCGGUGGCCAACUCGCGCUACCCGUCGCCUUCGAGCACGCCGUACCAGCACUGCUCCUCCGCCUCGCCGUCCUACUCGCCUCUGUCCGUGGACUCCUCGAACGUCAGCUCGAGCUCCAGCUCAUCCAGUUCGCAGUCCAGCUUCACCUCGAACUCGAAGGGACGCAAGCGAACCUGUCUGAAGGCUCCUGGUGGUGGCAUCACCUCCAGCAUGAUUCUGCCGGGCAUCAGCAACGGCAACAACAGUAACGCUAUGAUGAACAAAAAAUGCCGCGGCAAGAAGGUGGUGGCCUCCUCGGCAUCGUCGUCGGGCAGCACAUCGCCCGUUUCGGCGCUUUCUGGCCAGGAUGUGGAUCCCAUGGAUCGCAACUGGCAGCGACGUAGCACAGCAGUCCAAGGCAUUUCCUCCAGCUGCAGCAGCAGUGUCCUCCGGAAGGACUUCAGCCUGGGCCUGGACGAGGCCGAUACGAUCGAGAAGCGCAAUCAGCACAAUGACAUGGAGCGCCAGCGCCGCAUUGGCCUGAAGAACCUCUUCGAGGCGCUGAAGAAACAGAUUCCCACUAUCAGGGACAAGGAGCGGGCUCCCAAGGUGAACAUCCUGCGCGAGGCGGCCAAGUUGUGCACCCAGUUGACGCAGGAGGAGCAGGAGCUCAGUUUGCAGCGACAGCUGUUGAGUGUGAAGCUCAAGCAGCAGCAGGAGAUACUAGCCCGCUAUAGGAGGGUGAAAAGCGAACCGCACUCUAUCAGUGGAUAGUGGGGUUGUCUAUCUAUAGUACUAACUGCUUAAAGCGGCGGCGUAGCGCUUGAAAAACCUAUAUAUAUCACCAACACACCACCCCUACAUAUUUUGCGAUUUUUCUUUCUUUCUUGACCUUAGCCCUUAUGACCUAUGACCUUACAUAUAUGAUGUUUUUUUUCUGCGGAGAACUUCAAUAUCAGUUAGUAGGUUAUGUUUAAAACUAUAAACAUAAAGUGAUUUAACAAAUUUGAUUUCUUUAAUGUGAUAUAUAUAUAUAUGAUUUUUCUUUCCGCGCGAAUUCAUUUGGCAAAGAAACUAAACGAAAAAAACGGUGUUAUGAAAUCAAUUUG